UCUGGGAUGAUUGGGGAAAAACAUGGGGUGUUCCUGUAAGGGGUUAAGGCAUAUUUGUUUAGAUUGGUAGCAUCAGAUGUGACAUGAGCUCUGACUCAUUGAAAACACCUUGGUUUAGAUCACCUUUUUUCUGUUAUCUCUUGUCUUUGUCUUUGUCUUUGUCCUUUGGCUGCCAUGAAAAGAUUUAUUGGAAUCUUUUUUCAUGUUGCUACAACAGCAAGCAUUAACAACAGGUUUGGGAGAAUUGAAACAAGGCACCAUGCAUUGCAGUAGCUUGGGAGGACUGAUGAUGCGCAGAAGAGUAAGAAGAUCGAGGCAAACCGGAGCCGAGCGGCGGUGGCGAAUGCUAAUUGAAUUUCUUCAGAUGGAAUAUGCUGCAAGGCAGGGUAGAACAGGACAUGAAGCUGUCUCAACACAGCUAGAAAUUGGGGAUGUAAGUCAGAUGACGAGGCUUUCGCAAGAUUUGCUCUCGGAGAUUUUGGUCCGGGUGCCGGGCGAGACCCUUUUCCAGGUGCAGUUUUCUUGCAAGAAAUGGUAUGGUUUGAUCAACAGCUCUGUUUUCGUAAGAUGUCAAGCCCAGCAAUGCGACAAGGUUCUGCUAUCUCAAAACGUAACUCUCUUAGAACCUAUCUCGAAUCCUCUUUAUAACGAUGAUGAUGGUGGUGAGUGUAAGUCUUUCUUCCAUUAUUUGGAUUUGGGUGAUGGGACUGAUGGUUUUAUGGAGUCGGGCGUGGUCGAAGUGGGGGAUGUCAAAGCAAGCUGCGAUGGUUUGGUUCUUGCCACGAUGGGCAAGGGCGAGGGCUUGAUACUCAUGAACCCUGUGACUAGAAAGCAUACGGUGCUGCCAUUAGGUACAGAUGCCGUAUUUCAUGGCUACGGUAUUGCAUUCUGUAAAGAGGCAAAAACGUACAAGGUGGCUCACUUGUUUCAUGAAAAAACGGGGCACCGUGGAUGUGAGAUACUUAGCAUGUCUACAAGAAAAUGGACUAGAAUAGAUGUACCCCAUGGGCUAUUGAUGUACACCAGACAUAUGGUAUCUAUUGAAGGGUCAUUGUAUUGGACACCUAGGAAGUACAGUAGUGACUUCUUUGUUGUGAUGAAUAUGGAGGAUGAGAAGUUUGAUACCAAGAAACUUCCGGUUGUUUGUGUUUUCAAAGAUCGACUAAUUGAGAUUGGUGGGAGACUUGGAUUUGUAUCCGGGACAAGGCUUGGUGUACUGCAAGUUUGGAUUAUGGCCGAGGAAGGAGGAAUGAAUGAGCUGUGGAGACAUUGUUAUAGCAUCAAUGUGAGUAGUGUCGGGCAUCCUUUGCCUCUUUGUAGCACGAAAAAUGGGAAAGAGAUAGUUUUGGAAAGUACAACCCGCUGUCUGUAUCUUACAAACUUGGACACAGGCGAGAUCAAGCAGGUUCGAUCAAGAACUGUGAACCCCGAAUGGUCGGGAGAUAUGGACAGUAACUAUAUUCCUCACAGGAACACCCUAGCAUCGUGGGAUGAUCAUAUCGGAAACUACAGGUAUCAGGAAACCAUUUCUGUUGAUUUAGUAGAAUCCGGAGAUCAGCAAUCGGAGACUUCGCGGACUCAUCGACCUCAGAAGCUCCAAAGAAACAUAUAGGUUCUUAUAGACACUGCAAACAGCCUAAUUCAAUUGUAUUUGGGGGCCUAUUGCUAAGCUGCAGCUACAUUGUUGUUCUUGCUUUCUCACCAUCAUGAUAUUGUACAAUAAUAAUGUUUAUCUACUUUCCACUCUAAAGUACUAUAUCAUCAAAUUAACUCUCUUCUUUUUCAAAUGAUCAAGAACACUAAAUUUCGUGCCAGUAAAGAAAG